UUUCGAUUUGGCAUUACUUCAUUUCCGAUUGAAGAAAAGUGCAUUUCCUGGGGCCAAAAAAGUCCUGUCCAAUCAGUGAGGGUCCAAGGGCCACGCCAGGACCUUCGGAGUUUAGUGCAAACUCACGGUCUGUGUGUGUAGGUCACGUGCAAAAGUGCAAACUUCCUUUUUUCCCCCUGACGUGAGCUUUGAAGUCUUUUGUGUCUGAAGAAGAGAAACAAUACGUGAAACGCAACAUAAUAGAUCGUUCAACAGUGAUAAGCAAGUUGUGUUUGUUCUGCUCGUUACUGGUGCCUUUUAAAGAAUCGUUGUUGUUCGUGUGUGUGUGUGUUUUUGGGAGUUCUCAAACACUUCUCAUAGGUUCAGAACACCGCGACCAACUGAUCCGAAAAACCGUCCAAAACCCAGAAUCAACAAACCACUUCACAGCACCUUCGGGUUACCAUAGCGGCGGCCACGACGAUGAACAGGUCCCGUUCGGUUCCACCAGGAGGCAGCACCGGCCCCACCAAGCUCCAGCUGUCGUUCCAAAAGUUGGCCAUCGGCGCGGUCGCAGUUGCCGGCGGCGGUUCCAAGGGCCAUUCCGGUGGCAAGGGAGGUGGCCUGGCAACGGUGCUAAACACCCGCGGCGGGGCGAUGAUAAUGAAGAGCGUUUCGAUUUUCCUGGCCAGUGGCAGACGAGCCUCCGCGGUGUCAAGAGAUCGGUCCAAGUCCGGCGGUGAUCGGUGCUGCGCUGGUAAGGGCGGUGGUCCGGAUAAGGACAAGGAGCGGGGACGGCGCGAGUCGCGGCGCAACAAGAAGAUACUGGCCAGGAUGGACGAGCUGAACGGGAAGCUGAACCCGAAGAUGCUCGAGAUGUACAAGCGGCGGACGCACUUCUCCAAGAUCGAAGUGGAGGCGCUGUGUAAGAUCUUCCGCAAGCUGGUGACGAACGCGUCGCUCAACUCGAAAGCCCUCGCCGCGAACAACGCCGGGGUGAUCGCGAAGGCCGGCUCGUCCACGGACGGCAUCGACCGGUCCGUGUUCCGGGAGCUGCUGCACAGCACCUUCGACAUCGUGACGGAGGAGACGUUGAUGGAGCGCAUCUUCUGCGCCUGGGAGAAGGGCUACGAGGGGCUGCCGAUACGGCUCGAGGGGUGGAUCCUGGGGCUGUCGACGUUCCUGAAGGGGUCCCAGGCGGAGAAGACGGCGUUCUGCUUCCGGGUGUACGAUCUGAACGGGGACGGGCACAUCACGAAGGACGAGAUGUUUGCGCUGCUGAGGAACUGCUUGAUUAAGCAGCCGCAGGAGGAGGAUCCGGACGAGGGCGUCAAGGAUCUGGUGGAGAUUGCGCUGCGCAAGCUGGACAUGGACAAGGAUGGGAAGGUCUCCUUCCAGGACUACCAGGAAGCCAUCGCCGAGGAGCCGCUCCUGCUGGAAGCCUUCGGGCAGUGUCUUCCCUCCGACCGGGCCACGGUGUCCUUCCUGUCAACCUUGCAAGCUCAGGAGGAAUCCACCUAAGGAGCCACAGCUUGACGCACCAGCAACUAUUGGGACCACUUCCCUGGCGGGUAGUGAUUUGAUUUUGCAAAGAAUUCAUAAUUGAUUGCAGCAGUAGCAGCAGCGGCUAUGCAGUAUCAAUUAAGGUGAAGCACUUAGAGCAGGUUUUAUGAUAUCCAUUGUUGUCUUAAAAAAAGCAGAUAAGGUAGUCUAGGAUUGAAAAAAAGAAGCAGGUUUGUUCUGUUAAAGUUGCGAUUGAUAAAGGAAGCAGUAGUAUUGGUAUAAGUAGUAAAAUGUAAAUUUUAUAACCUUCUGUAAUGUGAUGUAGAGAGCUAAUAAAACAACGUUUGCUAAUAAAUCU